UACAGAAAAAGAUUGGAAACAAAGGAAAGCUUAUUCACAAAAGGGGGGAAAGCCUGAUAUAAUAAGGAUGGUUAAUUGUUUUGUCUCUCUGCCUGUUCUUCCUCUGAUUGUCUUUUUUGGAAAUACACCUGUUUGUCUUUCUGGUAUCCUGACAUGGUUUGGCCAACAGAUUGAUUAUAGCUUGGACACAGCUGUCUUCCUGCAACUUGUUCAGCUUAGGAGGACAGGUGCACUCACCAGGCAUGCCUUCUUGUUGGAGAGAUGGCACUUUUCUGGAGUAUUGUCUGAAUCAUCAGCUCCUUCAUCGAGCAAAGACUCUGCUGAUGAGUAUCUCUAUGAGUAUGAUGAUGAAUAUAUGCAACCCAGUGGCCUAUAUGAUGACUCUGCCACGGAUCCGGACUGGCUUCCUGAAUACUACAGCUUUUCUGUAAAUCCAUGCCAUACCAGGCCAUGCCAGAAUAAUGGUGUGUGUGAAAGGAAUGGAAACAACUAUACAUGUAUUUGUACCACACCAUAUACAGGGCCCAAGUGUGAGAGUGUGGAAAACACAUGUAAACGAAUCUGGUGCAAUAGAGGAGACUGCCUUAUAAGCUUAACACCUCCUUAUUAUCGAUGCAGUUGCAGACAUCCCUACAAGCCACCAUUCUGUAACAAAGCACAUUCAGCUUGUAAACCAAAUCCUUGUAAAAAUGGAGGCAUAUGUCAGAGGAAUCGAAUAAGAUCCAAGUUCACCUGCAAAUGUCCUGAGCCAUUCAGAGGGGAGUUCUGUGAAAUAGGAGCUGAAGACUGUUUUGAAGAAAAUGGUGAGGCAUACAGAGGAAAUGUUAGUCAGACAAUGCAACAGAAGACCUGCCUUCACUGGAAUUCUCAUUUUCUUUUGAAGCACAGUUAUAAUGCAUUUAUGGAAGCUGCUGACUAUUAUGACCUUGGUGACCAUAACUACUGCAGGAAUCCAGAUGGUGAUAAAAAGCCCUGGUGUUUUGUCAAUGUGAAUAACAAGCUGAAAUGGGACUUCUGUGAUGUCUCCCCAUGCUCAGUAACAGAGUCCUUGGAUACAAGACAUCUUACUGAGCUCACUGCAGUCAAAAAUGUACCCAGCACAUGUGGACAACCAGAGACAAUAAGAUCAUUCAUGAGGAUCUAUGGUGGUGCCAAGACAACUCCUGGCAAGCAUCCAUGGCAAGUUUCUCUUCAAAGGAAACGUUCACUGGGUACCUUCUUACCAAAGGGACACUACUGUGGAGGAACACUGAUUAAAUCUUGCUGGGUUCUUACUGCGGCACACUGCAUUGAAUCAGAAGCACAUACCUUGAAGGUAUUCCUUGGGGAAUAUGAUCUCAAGAGGGAGGAGCAUCAUGAACAGAAGUUUGAUGUAGAAAAGGUUAUUAUUCAUGGGCACUAUGAAGAAAUGGAGGGCAUCCCAUACAAUGAUAUUGCUUUGCUGAAGUUGAAGCCAAAUAAUGGCCACUGCGCUGUGGAAACAAAAUAUGUCAAACCGCUGUGUUUGCCUGAUUCUACAUUUCCUGAUAACACAGAUUGCUACAUAUCAGGUUGGGGAGAGACUGAAGAAGGUGAAUCCUCUCAUCAGCUGUUCGAUGCCAGAGUAAAGCUGAUUUCCCAGCAGCGGUGUAAUGCGCCAAGUGCAUAUAAUAACAGACUGGAUGAAAGCAUGCUUUGUGCAGGAAAUCUUCAGAGAAGAGCUGAUACUUGUCAGGGAGAUUCAGGAGGUCCUCUGGCCUGUGUUAAAAAUGGCUCUUAUUAUCUCUAUGGCAUUGUGAGUUGGGGAGACGGAUGUGGAUUAAAAAACAAGCCAGGAGUUUAUACCCGUGUGACAAGAUUUCUCAGCUGGAUUAGGACAAAAAUUCAACGUGAGUCUGGUUCCUUCAACUAAGGAAGACCUUCUACAAAUGAAGAAAGAAUCUCUGCUGCAUCAGGGUUGACUCUGACUUCUUGGGAUCCUUCUCCUGCUGUCUGUUCCUGCCAACGGAAAUAAAAUAUCAGCUAUUGAAGAAGACGAUUCUGUCAUUCUCUAUUAUUAAAAAAUAACAAUUUAAAAUA